AGUUAUUUGAUUUACAAUAUAAAUCUCUAUGCAAGUUAUUUGAUUUACAAUAUAAAUCUCUGUACAAGUUAUUUGAAUUGCAAUAUAAAUCUCAGUACAAGUUAUUUGAUUUACAAUAUAAAUCUCUGUACAAGUUAUUUGAUUUACAAUAUAAAUCUCAGUACAAGUUAUUUGAUUUACAAUAUAAAUCUCUGUACAAGUUAUUUGAUUUACAAUAUAAAUAUCUGUACAAGUUAUUUGAUUUACAAUAUAAAUCUCUGUACAAGUUAUUUGAUUUAUAUUAUAAAUCUCUGUACAAUUUAA